CGUUGAGAAGCGUGGUGAGAGCAAGAGGAGGUUUGGACGUCUCAUUCAUUUAAAAACAAAUUCACGCUUAAAACAUUAAAAGCCAGAUAAUAUGCCUUGUCGAAAGGAGAAUUACAUUCUUUUAGAGCAGUCUGUCACCGUGGACUCGAAAGAGGUGGACGCUCUAGUAACCAAAAUCGGCGAAGCAUUGCAGCUUCACAACAAUAGUACUACCACUGCUGCUAGUCAGAAAACAGUGUCAUGCCUUCAUAGUAACAACAACCACACCAAACAGAAUAAUGCAUCGCUUCAAAAACGAACCGGCUGCUGUAUUCGACUCGGAAAUCGGGCUAAUCGAAACCGGGGGAGCCCAUAUUCAAUACCUCAGGACACCAAUCAAGAGUGGGGGAGUUUGAGAACCUGGAAUCGAAAGAAAAUCGACGUUUCUCAGGACGACCCCCACCAGCUGCUUCAGGAAUUGAUUUUGUCUGGAAACCUGAUCAAGGAGGCAGUGAAACGCCUUCAGGUCUCUGCAGCAGAACGUGCAGAUCAUUCCAACACCGGCUAUGAUCUGCAAUGGUAAUGAUGUGACGGCUAUAUACAUGUUUUAAUUAAACCAACAACACCAACAAACAAUCGAAAGGAGUCGAUUAACUGUCACAGAAAAUUAAGAUUCCACCGGAGCUAUUUGUUAAACAAAGUACUACUUGUUACCUGUGUUUUUACAUUUUGUAACAUGCAGUUAAUAAAUACAGCAACCUUUUUAAGACACCGUUUUAAUUAUAUAUUUUUUGUAAAUCUUAAUGUUUUUUUUUUUUUUUUUUUUUUUUAAAGGACAUAUUAUGUACUGAUAUUUCUUACAAUCCUCGUUUUUUUUUUUUUUCUCGCGAAGGACUGAAACCUAUUUCUGGAGUGCAUUUUCUGUCAAUGGCGUGGCAGCUUCAUCUACAUUCUCUAUGUAUCACACAAGCCUGCAUGUUUACGUGUACCCGAUGCCCCGUGGGACAUUCGGCUUUCUGUUAAACAUCAAUAACAUGUUUUCUGUUUUUGAAGUUUGAGAAUCUUUUCAGAUGAAAACAGCACUUGCCUUGUUUACAGAGAUAAACAUGACCUUUUGUUAGGUGAAGUUAAAUGGUAACCCAAGGUCGUUAUUAAUAAUAAUGCACACUCCCCUAAUUGGAUACCAAGACGAAGUUGUUUUGCAGCCACUCACUAGGGUGCAGCUCAGGCGAACUGGCACGUCGCCCUGUUUCAACUGCUGGAGAGUCGGCUUUCCAAGAAUGACUACCAACUGUUCAGAAGUCAGUUGUUGUCGGACUGCCGUUUGUUGUGCUGUCACCGUGUUUAUUUAAUACAACCCAGGCAGCCCCAUUUGUUUUAAUAUCUCAUGAAUCCCAACGCGGUGUAAAUUGUGUUUACAUUUUGUACACUUCGCAACGAAGUAUUUCCACCGUUUCCUGAUUGUCCAGGAUUUUCUGCCUUUUAAAUAAAUACAUUUUUGUUUGUGGUUUUA